ACAUAUUUUCAGCAAAUCUCCAAUUCUGCUCGGUGUUUAACGGACUUAUCUUCAAAUAUAAUAACAAGUGAAGCACGGCUCCAGUGAACAAAGAUGUAUCAAUUGCAAGGUCCACCACUCAGGACAGCAUACGAUGAUGGCCGACUUGAUAACCGCCAACGAGAAGCCAAACGUGACGGAAGACGAUCACCAUGACCAUGAAUCUUGCGAGCCUGAGCAAACAGCUACUGAACGAGAGACAAAGUGCAAUUUCGUCGACUGGGAUGGGCCGGACGAUCCUGAAAACCCGCGGAACUGGCCUGCAUGGAAACGAAUGACCCAAGUUGUCCUCGCCAGCGCGUUCCUGCUCACCGCCAACCUGGCUGCGACGAUGUUUGCACCGGGAGCUGCCUCGCUUGCUCGGGAGUUCCACAUCACUAGUCCAACCGUGACUAGUCUCACCGUGUCCAUUUAUCUCUGCGGUUUCGCCGUGGGGCCAAUGUUGAUUGCACCGCUGUCUGAACUGUACGGACGCCUUGUGAUAUACCACACCUGCAAUGUAAUGUACAUUGGGUUCAUCAUCGGGUGUGCGCUGAGCAAAAACACCGGCAUGUUUCUCGUUUUUCGAUUCCUUGCCGGAUGUGCUUCUUCUGGCCCUUUGACGGUCGGCGGAGGAACCGUCGCGGACGUCGUUCCGCCAGCUCAGCGUGGGAGCGUAAUGUCUCUGUUCUUCGUAGGGCCAUUGCUGGGACCAGUCUUGGGCCCGGUAAUUGGCGGCUUUGUGUCCGAAUCGACUGGCUGGCGGUGGACUUUUUGGAUCAUCAUCAUUCUAGCAGCUGGAUCGUUUACGGUAUCCAUCUUCUUCCUCCGUGAGACCAACGCCGCUGUGUUGUUAGGAUGGAAAACGGCUCGCCUCCGGAAAGAAACUGGUAAUGCUGAUCUGGUUUCGAAGAUGGAUCGAGGCCUGAAUCCCCGUCAGCUGUUCUUUCGCGCCAUUACUCGGCCGACAAAACUUCUCAUCCUUUCGCCAAUCGUGCUCCUCCUUUCACUCAUGUGCGCAUUUGUCUUUGGCCUUCUCUUCAUCCUGUUUACCACGUUCCCGGCGGUCUUUGAAGGGCAAUACCGCUUCUCCGCCGGCGUUUCCGGCUUAUCAUAUCUCGGCGUUGGAAUUGGCAUGGUCGCGUCGCUCGGAGCCUUCGCCACGGUAAGCGACAAGUUGCAAAAUGCUCUCGAAGACUCGCCCAAACCCGAAGGACGUCUGAAGCCAAUCGCGUGGGUGAUGCCCGCCGUGCCUAUCGGCAUCUUCUGGUAUGGAUGGGCAGCUGAGAAGCAAACCCACUGGAUCGUCCCUAUCAUCGGCACCUCCAUUUUCGGAUUCGGCUUUCUGUGGGUCAUAAUGCCAACUCAACUCUAUAUUGUGGAUGCAUUUGGGCCAGAGGCAGCUGCCUCUGCGUUAGCUGCAAAUGUGAUUCUCAGACUUCUAUUUGCGGCCUUUAUUCCACUGGCAGGCCCGUCUUUGUACGCAAACCUAGGACUUGGGUGGGGAAACAGCGUCCUAGGGUUUAUAGGGGUUGCGUUUCUCCCAGUGCCGAUGUUGUUCUCUCGCUACGGAGGGUGGCUUAGGGAGCGUUUCGAUGUCAAGCUGUAGCAUGUUCAUGUUGAGGUAGAGGAGGUGUCUUGAAUUUGGUUUACUUAUUGCGAGGAUUUUGACAGGACGUCUACCACAAUUUUCUACCAUUUCAAUAUGUUCAUGCAUAACCACGAAUAAACGGUACGUUUAAUGUCUGCUUUGGGACGCAUAGCCUUUAACCACGAGCGGCAUACUGUGGCCCCUAACUCGUCCAAGAAGAUCCUACCAUCCAACGCGGUCUUUCUCGCCUACUGUCGCUUUCUUUGCUUGCCG